AAGAGAGUAAUGCUCCGCAGACUAUGAUCUGAUGUGUGGUAAUGUGUUUGCUCUAUACACAAAGCGUUUGAAAUGAUAGACCGAUUAUCUAGUGACAGUGGAAUACGUGGUUUUGUGGUCGGAUCGGCUACUUUUACCGCUGGAAUGAGAAAUCAAACAGUAAUGUUUGAUUCCUAUUUCAAAAGCAAAAAUCAUGCAUGUUUGUGUUGGGAAAAAAUACACAAACAUUCACAUAGGCAACAUGCUAAAAAACAGUUAUUUAUGUGUAGACGCUUAGAUGAGCUCAUAUUUCAAUGCAGAACUGAGGGUCCAAAUGUGGAACAGAAAAUGGGACAUUUUUGACUUUUUAUAAUUUUGCAUUUUGAGUCAGAUUCAAACUUACGCUGCCUACAUGAUCGGCACUGCUCAAUGCGUCGGAACAUGUGCUAACUGCUGAGCCACGACUCAGCUUUUAAAAAAAUAAGGCUGGGCAUAGAAAUGCAUCAAUUCUUGGACUACAAACUCUUCAGACAUGUUUAGUCAGUUCUGUUCUCUGUUUUGUGUGCAGCUGUGUUGUGUUGUCACUAUCACUGUUUUUAGAUAAACGAGUUUUUGCUUGAACGCCCCAAUGUCGCGAGGGCGCUGCGUGAACUGUUGCUCUCGUGUCCUAUCAUGAACGCACACAGGAGAUCAACGCUUGAAGAGGUGGUCACCAUAAACUGCCAUUGUAUGACAUCAGUGAGCACAACAUUUCUCCACAAUUUCUCCCUUUGUGUUCAGAAAAAGAAAGAAAGUCAUAUAGUGUUAUAACAACACAGGGAUCAUUAUGACGGGGCUCAUCGAUCAGGGUGAUGACAUCUGCUUGGUGACCCCAAUAGAGCUGAUGGACCCUCAGAAAGAGGACGACCCCCAAUGCCCCACCCACUUCAGACAGAGUCUCAUGCUUCAACUCAUUGACGAUUUGUCAUAUGAAGACGUUAAGAAAUGCUACAGGGGUUCAACGGUCAGUAAAUACAACUCGCAAUAUCACAAACUCUUCUCAGCCGUUCCGAAGGAGGAGAUACUGAUGAAAGUCUAUUCUUGUGCUCUUCUACGGGACAUUUUGCUGCAAGGAAGACUUUACAUCUCUCGAAACUGGCUGUGUUUCUACGCCAACCUGUUCGGCAAAGACAUCAAGGUCGCGAUCCCGGUGGUCUCCGUGCGAUUGGUGAAAAAACACAAAACAGCCGGACUGGUCCCGAACGGACUCGCCAUCACUACCGACACCAGCCAGAAGUAUGUGUUUGUAUCUCUACUGUCCCGGGACAGCGUGUAUGAUGUGUUGAGAAGAAUCUGCACACACUUAGAGGUGAACGGAAAAAAGAGUUUAAGCCUAAAGGAGUUUCUGGAGGAACCGGGUUCUCUCUCUACAGAUGAGUUUCCAGUGGCCACAGAUUUCACGCCCAUAUUGAAAUGGCGGCGGAAACCAUCAACGCCCUCCGUAUCAUCACUGCCGGAUCUGUUGGGUAACUCCACGAGCAGUUUGAGUGCAGGAGACACGCCAUACAUCGCAGAGACGCCACUGGAGGAGAGAUGUUUGGAGGCGGAGAAGAUCCUGCUGACUGAACCGGUAGCAGAACUGGGUCACAUGGAGUAUCAUCUCCUGAAGUUCUUCAUACUGCUAAUUAUUUUGCUCAUCAUUUCAUCGUGUUAUCUGGCGUUUCGGGUGUGCAGUCUCGAACAACAACUGUCCUUCCUUAACACACAACCUGCGAUGUCUAUGAGAGAGAGGUAACCCUGGUUUAAACGUGCCAACUCUGCAAACGCCAUCCAGGAGAGCUGCGUCUGCAGGUUAAAACCAGCUCAAUUACAGGCUGAGCAGUAGCGACGUAGUAUUUAGCUUCAAACAGCAGAUGGCAAGGGUGAGUGGCUCUUCCUGCAAUGCUGUGACACCUGGAAUACUGACCGUCAACAUAGAGAGAACUAUGAAGAUUCCCAACUUGAGGAAUGUUAGCCGUAGUCGCCUGGCUUCACCUAACUCACCUGCAUCUAGGAUAUAUCCAGGAUACGGGAAAACAUCGGAAAGGAUUGGUCUGGAUUAUGGUUGCGACUGUUUCAUGUUACUUUCAGGGUUCUGAAAAUUUGGAAAACGUCUCAGGAUGGCUGGAUACGCUUUAAACUAGAUUUCUGUGUUUGUUGUUUUUGUGAAGAGCGAACAUUUCUCUUCACCAACCCUGAAAUGUGGAAAUUUACCACUGCAAAAAAUAUUUUCUCGUUGUUUUUAGUAAAAUACUUAAAACAAGAUAAAUAUACUUAAGAAGCAAAAUUGUGUGAGAUUAUGAGUCUUAAUUAAGAAUUAAGUUCAUAUUUUAACCACAUACAUUUUUUUUUCUUGUAUUAAGUUUUGUUAAAUAACAAUGAGGACAAAUAAGGAAGAUAAUAAUAAAUUAAUAUUUCAUGAUAUGUUACAGAAUUUAGCUUUUCAAGUAAAUGUAUCUUAUUUUAAUGAUGUUUAAAUAUUUUUACUGGAAAACAAGACAAAACGAGAUUUUUAUAUAUUUCUUUUUUUGCAGUGUGUUACAGUAGAGAAGUUCUUCAUUUAUAUACGUAAACGUUCGUUUAUGUAAACUCAUUAGAGAAAAAAUGAGAAAGACAAGGAAUGUCGUGUUUACGGAUGUCCAAUAUGCAUUUCACAAUAUAUGUUAAGGUUACAUUAAAAAUUCUACACAAAUAACGGCAGCGUAUGAAUGGAAGAAAAGUGAAAUGUCAAAGUAAGGUGAGUGUUUUGGAGCCGGACGAAGAGACGACCAUAGUUGAUGUGUUACAGUUUUGACCUACUGAAUAACUGUCGUAUGACGUUAGCGCAAAAUGUUUGCUUGUAAUCGUAAAAACUGUCUGUUUACUUUAUUUGUGACAAAUUAAAAUGCUUUGUAGGGGUUGUCAAGUACUUGAAAUAUUCGCUUGCAUUUCAGGCAUGCAAAACAUGCCAGGAAAUCGAUAUUUAAUACUGUGAUCGAAUAGGUUUUGCUGUAAAUGAGCGAUACAGUAUGAUACAUUAGUUGUGAUAUUUUGUACAGUUUGUAUGUAAAGACUAUUGACAUGCACAUGAUUUUGGCCACGCUGUAGGAAAUUGAGAUGCUUUUGAACUUUCUGACACAGAUAGAAACGUAAAACUAAUAAACACUUUUUUCCAGA